AUGACUGUAAUGGCUCCAGUGACUCUGCAUGCAAUAGCACAGAAACAAAAGCAACCAAGACACAAAGUAACUUUUAAGUUUCCAAGCAACACUCCAGCCUUAAGAGAUAGCAUGUGGCUGCAGUCAGAAGCUCAAAGCCUGCCCUGCUUUUGGAAUCACUUGCUACAAAUGUGGAACACAGAAUCGUUUUCAAAGCUGGAUAGUGGUGCUCAACCAGAUACUUUAUCUGAAGUCAUUGUCUCUACCCUGCUGGUUACUGUGCAGGUAGCACCACCAAAUGUCAUUCUGGUCGCUUUUGGAGGGUCCAAAGUCAGGCUGAAAGCACCCUGCAUGAUUGGCUCUCAAACAGCCAUGCUGACCUUCUAUGUCAUGGAGAAUGAUGAAUCACCCCUGCAUGGCAAAUCAGUCCACUCCUUGGCUUCUAAAAAUGAUUUUUCACAAACCUACGUAGAUGUCUUUCAAGAGUUUGGACAGUUCCCCGGCACCUACCAUAUACAUAUAGAUCCUGAGAUACUGCUGGUGACCCUUGGUUGUCGCAAAAUUCCCUAUGCUAUACUACCUGCACGCAAGGGAACCCUUAACUAUCUGGAAAAGACCAAAGGCAUCUUUAGGGUGAUGAAGCCAACUGCAUGGGUUAAUAGCCUUGUCAUUACUCAAAAGAAGAAUGGAUCACUUCACCUUUGCCUAGACUCCCAAGCCCUAAACAAAGCCACCCAGCAGCAGCACUUCUCCAUCCCUAUCAUUGAGGUUGUGCAGCAAAGUCUGACUAGCAAAUUCUUCACAAAAAAGCCACCCAGCAGCAGCACUUCUCCAUCACUACCAUUGAGGAUGUGCAGCAAAGUCUGGCUAGCAAACAAUUCUUCACAAUCUUGGAUGAAAAGGAUGGCUACUGGCAGAUCAAGCUCAACAAGGAAUCCGGUGGAUUGUGCACAUUCAGCACUCCAUGGGGUUGCUACUAUUUCAGUAGGAUACCUUUUGGCAUUAAGACAGCUAUUGAAGUUUUCCAGCAAAAUAAUCAUGAGUGCUUCUGUGGCAUCCCAGAGAAUAGUUUCACACAAACACCUUUCUAUGCAAGAACGUGCACAAAUUGAAGUGAUACCAUGCAAAAUUUGUGGUGACAAGUCCUCUGGAAUACACUAUGGAGUCAUCACAUGUGAAGGCUGCAAGGGAUUCUUUAGAAGGAGUCAACAGAACAAUGCCUCAUAUUCCUGCCCAAGGCAGAGAAACUGUUUAAUUGACAGAACCAACAGAAAUCGUUGCCAACACUGCCGACUGCAGAAGUGUCUUGCCCUAGGAAUGUCUAGAGAUGCUGUAAAAUUUGGAAGAAUGUCCAAAAAGCAGAGGGACAGUCUGUAUGCCGAGGUACAGAAGCAUCAACAGCGACUGCAGGAGCAAAGGCAGCAGCAGAGUGGCGAAGCUGAAGCCCUGGCCCGUGUCUACAGUAACAGCAUCAGCAAUGGCCUGAGCAACCUGAACAAUGAAACUGGUGGCACUUAUUCCAAUGGGCAUGUCAUUGACCUGCCCAAGUCUGAGGGUUAUUACAAUGUGGAUUCUGCCCAACCCUCCCCAGAUCAGUCUGGCUUAGACAUGACUGGAAUCAAACAGAUCAAGCAGGAACCUAUCUAUGACCUCACUUCUGUACCAAACUUGUUUACCUAUGGCUCCUGCAACAACGGGCAAUUAGCUCCAGGAAUAACCAUGGCAGAAAUAGAUCGAAUUGCACAGAAUAUCAUCAAGUCCCAUCUGGAGACAUGUCAAUAUACGAUAGAGGAACUACAUCAGCUAGCCUGGCAAACCCACACAUAUGAAGAAAUCAAAGUAUACCAGAGCAAGUCAAGAGAAGCAUUGUGGCAGCAGUGCGCAAUCCAAAUCACUCACGCUAUUCAGUACGUGGUGGAAUUUGCAAAGCGGAUAACGGGCUUUAUGGAGCUCUGUCAAAACGAUCAAAUUCUACUUCUCAAAUCAGGCUGCCUGGAAGUGGUUUUAGUGAGAAUGUGCCGUGCCUUCAAUCCACUCAACAACACUGUUCUGUUUGAAGGAAAAUAUGGAGGAAUGCAAAUGUUCAAGGCUUUGGGUUCCGAUGACCUGGUGAAUGAAGCAUUUGACUUUGCAAAGAAUUUAUGUUCUUUGCAGCUGACUGAGGAAGAAAUUGCCUUGUUUUCAUCUGCUGUCCUGAUAUCACCUGAUCGGGCUUGGCUGUUAGAACCAAGGAAGGUCCAGAAGCUUCAGGAAAAAAUUUAUUUUGCACUUCAGCAUGUGAUCCAGAAGAAUCAUCUUGAUGAUGAGACUUUGGCAAAGUUAGUAGCCAAGAUACCAACCAUUACAGCACUUUGCAACUUGCAUGGAGAAAAACUGCAGGUAUUUAAACAAUCUCAUCCUGACAUAGUGAACACACUAUUUCCUCCGUUAUACAAGGAACUUUUCAAUCCAGAUUCUACCACUGGCUGCAAGUGA